AGUGCCGCCAGUUUAUACGGAUGUUUGAAUUCGCAAUUAUCUUAUAGGAAAGGGUUCCUUUUGAACCAGGGCGAUUAGCAACCAUUCAAAAAGGAAAAAAUCAUUGUUUCUCCUGACUGCUGAUGCUAUUGGUUGCCAUUGUUUGAUGUCACAGACAAGCUGAACACCAAAGGGUUGGGGCUUGCUGAGAGACGUCAGAACAAGAAACAUGAGCCUGGGGGAAGGAAAUCCCAGCGACCACCUGCUGAUUGACAACCAUGAACCCCAAACAGUCUUUACGCCUCUUCGGGUUCCUCCUGACAUUUGCCACCGCUCUGGCCACGGAUCUGAUGCCGAGGCAAAACAUCCAGAUAAGGAACCCUCGACCAAUUAUUGCACAAUACCACCAAAAGGGAGUUACAGAUUGUGCCACUUUUGUCCUGAGCACAGAUAGGAAAACUCUCUAUGUGGGAGCCAGAGACACCGUUGUCGCUCUUGACACUGACAGAGCUAAAAUCAACAACCAAAAGGGCAUGGUACGCUGGGCCCCCACGAGGGAGAUAAAGGACAUCUGUAAACUCAAAGGCAAACAGGAGAUGGAAUGCUUGAAUUUUAUCCAUGUCGUGGUGCAACUGAACGACACACACCUUUACAUCUGCGGGACGUAUGCUUUCAAACCCACCUGUGCUUACAUUGACCUACAAACAUUUGCUGUGGUGACUGAUGCAGACGGCAACCACCGCCUCCUGGAUGGGAAAGGUGUCACCCCCUAUACUAACAAGUAUAAGAACACAGCAAUUCUCGUUGAUGGUGAACUUUAUGCAGCUACCAAGAAUGACUUUCAAGGGAUAGACCCUAUCAUCACUCGUACCCUGGGCAGCAAGACAAUUUUGAAGACAGAGCAGUGGAUGGAAUCUGAUGCAACGUUUGUGGCCUCCAUCAACAUCCCAAUUGCCCCAGAUGAUCAGAAAAUCUAUUUCUUCUUUUCGGAAACAGCAAAGGAAUUCAACUACUUGGAAAAGGUGGUUGUUUCGAGGGUGGCGCGCAUUUGCAAGAAUGAUGCUGGAGGAGAAAAGUUGCUGCAGAAGAAAUGGACGACAUUUGUAAAAGCUACUCUCUCCUGCACCCCAGAGGGGCAGUUACCUUACAGUGUCAUUCAGCAUGUAUUUGCCCUUCCACAUCAUGGAGGCGACACAGUUCUCUAUGCUGUCUUCACUCCUCAGUGGAAAGUGGGAGAUCUCUGGAGCUCGGCAGUCUGUGCCUUCAGCCUUGCUGCUAUCAACAAAGUCUUUGAUGAUGGGAAAUUCAAAGAGGAAAGCAGCUUUUCCCAAUGGAUGACUUAUGAGGGGGAGGUCCCAGACCCUCGCCCUGGCAGUUGUUCCAUCACCCCCACUUCACACAACACCCACAGCUUCAUGAGACAGCACUAUGUGAUGGAUGAAAAAAUUCAGCCAAUCGAUAAUCGACCUCUACUGGUGCAGCCAAAUGUGAAAUACACCCAGAUUACGGUACACGAAUUGCAUAACUCCUUGGGAAGGACCUACUAUGUGAUGUUUCUUGGGACAGACCAGGGCAUCAUUCACAAAGCAGUGGUCGUUGGCAACGAGGCAUACAUUGUGGAGGAGAUCUUGCUGUUUGUGAGGCCAGAGGCGAUCAGGAGUCUGCUGCUUUCUCCUGAAGAGGGAAUCCUGCAUGUGGGGCAUGGCAAAGGAGUCCUUCAAAUAACAAUGGCCAACUGUGGCAUUCACAAAAGCUGUACCGACUGCAUUGCAGCGCGAGAUCCAUACUGUGCCUGGAACGGACGCAGGUGCAAAGAAAUCCAAAUCUCCAAUGCUGACAGGGAUGGCUUGAAGCAGGAUAUUGAGGGAGGAAGGCCAGAAAUUGGGUGCAGCAGAAGCAGCAGCAGCAGCAGAAGAAGCAGAGCUUCCCCAAGCUCAGUUACUGUGGUGGUUGUGAUGACCUUGGUUUUCUUCUCCUUCCCUGACAAUCUGAAAAUGGAAGGGCCGGGAUGCAGGAGCCUCUCUAAAGCCAAUAAAGCAUCAGGUCAAGAGAAACUCCUGCUUCGUGACAGCCAGAGCCUUCCACAAGGCAACCUUUGCCAGGAAGCUGCCAACUGCUCUAAGAUCUGCUGUGUCAAAGGUGGUGGUGGAUCUUUUCAGAACAUCCUGGCUAAAAACAACUGCUUGGACUUCGACCUGGCAUAUGGGGAAGACUCCAGAGGCGUUGUGGCAGUAGAGGGAAUCUAACCUGGUCCAGCUUCAUCCCUCUGCAGGAGCAACCUUUUGAGAUCACAACAGCUCACCACAGGCAACCAAACAAAGAUCUUGCCACUAUUGUGAUGCUGUUCUCAAGCACCACAAAAGUAAACAUGCUGUUACCUCUUGAUUUCAAGUUUUCCUUGUCCCCUUUUCUCUACAACGCCAUGGGAAAGCCAGGUUGUGCAGCUUGCUGAAUCCCUCUCACUUGUUCAGGUCCCCGUCCUCACUUCCAUAGAUUGACUCACAACCCAAAUCCAUAGAUCUCUCUGUUAAAUGUUUGCCUAAAUCCUAAAAACAAAUGGAAUACCAACGCCAAUCCCUGAUCUCCAGAGCUUUCCAGGUUGGCAGAUGCUCAUUAAGAAGCUGAAGGAUGCUUGUGGGUUAGUCAGGGCUGAGAGGCAGAUUUUAAGCUACCAACAAUUCAAGGGCAGAUACAGGAGGGCAAAUUAGCAACAUGAUGUGCAGCCCGCAAAACCAGCCCCAUUGUUAGGCAGCUCUACCAUAACGGAAAGUGAGGUCGGAGUCUAGGGGUGCAAGUGGGGGCAGCAGAGCAGGACAUUGGCAGGCCCAACCCAAAGGGAAUGAUUUAUUCUGUGUAAGAUUACCUGGAGUUAUUAUCAUGCCUGAGCUGGUUCCCAGUUUGUCUUCAUAACUGAGCCAUUCCUAUGGCUGAUCUGGUUCAUGUGGUCUUGGGCCCUUCUGUUAUGUGCUUCAGAUAUUUGUGGGGGUGGCAGGGAGGUGAAGAGAGGAGUGCAGUUCAUUUGCCUGCUUUAAAUUAAAAAAUAAAGCGGAGGUGAAGGUCAGCCAGCAUGGCCACUUUGGACUUCAAUUUGCAUCACCCACCUUAUGCCGUAGCAUCACUCUAUUGUUGAAUCAACUGCAGAUUGUUCUCUCUCUCUCUAGUCGGGACGGGGGAGAAAUUUGGUUCAGUUUGCAUUUAAAGCCAAAUCUAUCAGAUUUGCAUUUUCCAGAACGAAAACACAAAUCCACGCUUAUCCAGAUUUUCCAAUACUUUCUGCCAUUAGGAAAGUGAUGGAGAAAUGCACUUAAAAGUGUGAGGUCAAUGACUGAUCAACAAGAUGUACAGCCACCACACAAGCAAAUCCCAUAAAUGCUCAGAGGCUGACCGAAAGGACUCGCUGCUACGUCAUAAUUGCUUUGGACAACAGAUGGUUGCCACAGGAUCUCCUAAAUCCAAGGGUGUUGCCAUUGUUUUACAUUCCCAACUUGCUUUCAAAGCUCAUUAGACUCUCAAAGACACCAGCAGGAAUUUUGUCAAAGGGCUUUUACAAGAAGCUCACCUAAUAACACCGGGCUCAAUAUAUGCACCCAAUUCCAUACAGUUAAAAUCCCUGCACAAUCUUUUUCAGUGUUUAUGAGACUUUAUAACCAGUGAUCUGAUUCUUGGAGGAGUCUUGAACUGGAUUGUGUGAGGAAUUAAGUAAACUAAGUAGCUGCGCCUGAUUUAAACAGCGUAUUCUAUUUUCAGAAUUUGAACCUUUUGGUUUCAGAUUUGCCAGUCAUUUUGUGCGUGCUGAAUUGUUGAUGCUAGCAUUGUUGUCCCAUCAGACAUCUUAUUAUAAUCCUCCAAAACAUGGCUUGCAGUGCAAUCCUGAUGAUGCAUACUCAGGAGUAAGUCCUACUGAGUUCAAUCAGACUUCAUUCCCAAGUAAGUGGGAGCCUUAGAAGAUACUACAGAGGUGUGUGGUGUGUGCACGCUCCUCCUCUCAUGUUUCCUGAUUCUUUCCUCCAUUCCUAAGUUUCCUCUGGUGAUAGUUUGCUGCUAUGUCUGAAUUGGGUAAAACCAGAGCUCCUGGUCACCUCCAAGCCCUGAUUGGGAAUGAUGGCUUUAAAUGUCAUCACCCUGGGCAAUUGUAGCACCCAUGGUUAAAGGAGACCUGGAAAUGGAAGAAGGGAACCAGAAUCCUUUCUAGGAGGAGGAGCUUCUGUCACGUUCCCUAACUUCCAGACUUUUGCUUGGAAGCAUUGUCUUAACUGAGCCAUCUUGGUGGAAGAAAUGAGAGUCUAGUAGAUCAACCUGCUGCCAUUCAGGUGUUUGGAGCUCUAGUUUCUAUCAGCCACAGCCUGGGGAACCUCUGGCAUAUUCAGAACCCACUCUCUUAACAAAGAGUUCCAUCUGAACGUGGGUGACUGGCAACUUUUCACUAAAAAGGGGGGGGGGGAUAUUGUUUUUUCUGACUUCUGAUGCCAUUGGUUGCCAUUGUUUGAUGUCACAGACAAGAUGAGCACCAAAGGGUUGGGGCUUGCUGAGAGAGGUCAGAACAAGGAUUGGUGCAAGACGGGGCAGAGCAGAGAAAAGAGUAGGUGCUGAUGAAGGAGAAGACCUUGUGGCCUAACUGGGGAAAGAGCAAUUGAGCCUGGGGAGGCCAGAGAAAGGGGACGUGGGGUCCUGGGGAAAGGAUGAGCAGAGAAGGCCUGGAAAGCUUCUGAUCUACCUCUAUGGCUUUGGAAUUCCGCCCCAGGAAUUUUGGACAAAAAAGAGCAUGAGCCUUCAGUUGGUACCAUCACUUGUCUUCUUCAGUGGAUCUUCCCACAAUUAGUGAUAACCCCAUGCAGGUAUUUUCCACCUCACCCGCACUGAAGCUCUUGCCCACAACGUGAGAACUUUAGCUCCCCAACUCAGCCCAGUAUACCUGAAGGAGUGUCUCCACCCCCAUCGUUCUGCUCGGACACUGAGGUCCAGCUCUGAGGG